AUGGCACCGGCCCCCGCCAUCGGCAUCUCCAGCUUGCGGCUCUUCUGCUCGUGCUGGUCUCCUUAUAUUCGAGAGUCCCGCGACUCGAAUCGCAUAGUCUCUCCAUGCCCCCUCGCCCACCUCGCCCACUUCUCCAACCUCUUCAACCUCUCCAACCUCUUCUACCGCUCCCACCGCUCCAUCUCCAAGUUCAGUAUCGACGGAGAUAUGUCCAUCGCCGAACUCGUCCUCACCCCCUACGCCAUCCCGGUCGCCCUCGUGCUCUUCUGGCUCGUCCCAUACCUCACCUCGAAUACGGAACUGAGAGAUAUCCCAGGUCCAACCGCGGCCAAAUUCUCGAAUCUGUGGUUGCUGUUGCAAGCUCGGCUGGGACACCGGUAUUUGAGCGUCAAUGAGGCCCACCAGAAAUGGGGAAAGCUGGUCAGGAUCCAGCCCAACCAUGUCAGUGUGGCAGAUGAGUCGGCCAUCUCAGAGAUUUACGGUCACGGCAAUGGCUUCCUGAAGUCGGAAUUCUACGAUGCUUUCGUUUCUAUCCAACGCGGGCUCUUCAACACCAGAGACAGAGCUGAGCACACCCGAAAGCGCAAGACUGUCUCGCACACUUUCUCGACCAAGAGCAUCGGCCAGUUUGAAAAGUACAUGCACCAUAAUCUCGAGCUCUUCGUGAAGCAAUGGGACACGCUAUCAACUAACGCCCAUGGCGGCUUCGCCACGAUCGACUGUCUGCAUUGGUACAACUACCUUGCAUUCGACAUGAUUGGAGAUCUGGCGUUCGGACAGCCAUUCGGUAUGCUGGAGAAAGGAAAGGACAUCACAGAGAUCCAGAAGACGCCCGGUGCGCCCGUCUCCUACGCCCCUGCUGUCGAAGUUCUGAAUCGACGUGGUGAAGUCUCGGGAACACUUGGAUGCUUCCCCCAAUUGAAGCCGUAUGCAAAAUACUUCCCAGACCCAUUCUUUACUCAGGGUCUCGCUGCUGUGGAAAACCUGGCGGGUAUCGCCGUCGCUCGAGUUUCCCAGCGUCUGGACGGCAAGCAUGACGUUGAUCGUGUGGACCUCCUCGCCAGAUUGAUGGAGGGCAAGGACGAGAACGGCAACAAGCUCGGUCGCUCAGAACUCACAGCCGAAGCCCUGACCCAACUCAUCGCCGGCUCGGAUACGACCUCCAACACUUCCUGCGCCAUCCUGUACUGGGUUUGCAAGACUCCUGGCGUGCUUGAGAAGCUACGCACGGAGCUUGAUGAGGCGAUUCCUGAAUCCAUGGAUGUUCCGACUUUCGAGUUGGUCAAGGACCUCCCGUACAUGCAUAACUGCAUCCAGGAGACUCUGCGCAUCCACUCCACCUCCUCGCUCGGUCUUCCCCGUGUGGUGCCUCCGGGGCCGGGAGUCACGAUCGUAGGACACCAUUUCCCCGCUCAUACGGUCCUCUCCGUCCCUGCCUAUACCAUCCACCACUCCAAGGAGAUCUGGGGCCCCGACGCCGACGAGUUCGUGCCUGACCGCUGGAACAAGCUCACCGACAGGCAAAAGGCCGGCUUCAUUCCGUUCAGCUACGGACCGCGAUCGUGUGUCGGCAGGAACGUGGCCGAGAUGGAGCUCGCGUUGAUCGUAGCAACGACAUUUAGACGAUAUGAUUUUGAACUGUACCAGGAUACGCUGGAGACGAAAGAGGGGUUCUUGCGGAAGCCGGUGGAGUGCAUGGUUGGUAUCAAGAAGCGCAGUAAUAUCUAA